AUGCAUGAACAACUAAAAAAUGAUUGCCAUAAACAAGCAACCGAAUUAGGUAAAAGAUUACCAUGUAAAAAUAUCGAGUUGAAAUUAGCAAAAAAAGCAAAUGCAUCGGCAACGAUCAAUAACUUAAUCAAAGUUUGUUUUAAAAAUAUAGAAUUAAAAAAUAUGUCCUAUGAAAAAUUAAAAGCAGAAGAUUCUCAAUUAUUAGAAAAUAUUCAUGAAUAUGUCAAAUUUAUUCAUGCUCCUGCAAUUAUUUCACAAUCGAUGUUUUCAGGAGCAAUUUCACUUAAGUGUCGACAUCUUCGUGGAGAAGAAAAGCAUAAGAAAGAUGAUUUAACGAUUCGAAAAGAAAAUCGAAAGCAACAGGAAAAACAAAAGAAGUUUAGCAAUGAUGUCAAAGGUGGCCAUCAAAAUGAUAAUGAUCUAUCGAACGACAUAUUAAUUGACGAUAUGGAUGAAAACUAA